UAAUAGAACGCGUCUGGAUCUUUUGUCGCUUUUGUACUUCUUUUCCUUCACAAUCCUUCACUUUUUCGCGCCAGUCGUCGCGGCGGGCGUCUGUCGAACGUGUUCUUCCAGUCAGCGAAGUGGGCGGGAUUUAUCAAAAGCCGCCAAAAAGAUGUGCAAAGUUGCGGGAACAUUUGGCGGCAGAUAAAGUGGCUGCAAAACGCUGAAUACCGCAAAACGUGCAGUGCUACUAUCUACCCGCUCUUAUGGAGCCAUGCAAGCAAGCAAAGUUUACGAGCGGUACUCCAAGCCCGGGAAACCUUUCCAGACCGGCUACGCAUGGUUAGAUCGUUAGAUCACGACCGGCUUGGUUAGAUGAGGAGAACCGACGAAGGGAGCAUCAUGUCGGUGGAGGAGUACUGCCUCAAGCCGUGUGCCAGCAACCAGAAUAUCCUGUUUGUCCGCGCCAGGGACGGCGGCGACGGGCUCGAGACGCAGACCCCAUCCGCCUCUCCCAAGCGGCUAUGUCUCGACGUAGACUCUCGCAGAUACUCCCCUGACCUGCGGGACGCUCUCGACAUUGGCCUUCUGCCCGCUACGGGUUCUCCCGAGCCGUGCCGCCAGCGCGCCCUCCAGGACGUCACGCAGCGGUGCAACAACUCUCCCGUGGCGGCCUCCCCCGGCACGCCCCCCAAGAGGGCGGCCAACGAAGGCGGUGCCCACCCCGACCCCACGACACCCACGGCACGCCUCAAGAUGCUGUCGUCCUUGGCCGAGAGGCUACCCUACGCCAGCGGUGAAAACGGUGUCGACGACGACCUGUCCAACCACAGCAGCAACUCCGAAAACGCGAGGCCCGUGAUCAGCAGAAAGGACAAGUCACUUGGGCUCCUAUGUCAAGCGUUUCUAGGUCUGUAUCCCGAAUACCCGGAGCCGUCGGACGAAAUUGUGGUGUCCCUGGACGAAGUUGCAAGGCAUCUAGGUGUGGAGAGGAGGAGGGUGUACGACAUUGUCAAUGUCCUCGAGAGUGUCGGGAUGGUGACCAAGGAGGCCAAGAACAAGUACCGCUGGUUCGGCAAAGCCCCCCUCCUGGACACUCUCCCAAAGCUCAAGGCCCUGUCGGAAAGAACCAAUAUGGCGGCGCAGAUCCACUCAGUGAAGGACUUCGAGUUUAGCCACUCCCUGGAGAUGAGUCAGCUCUUUGGGGGACCCUCGAGGGACGGUGGAAAAGCGCAAAAGGCGACGUCCCCCGACCGCGACGGAGACGGCACGGCGCAGGAACAGGACCCGCGACGAGAGAAGUCGAUGGGCAUCAUGAGUCAGCGCUUCCUCAUGCUUUUCCUCACCUCCCCCCCCAAGACCGUGAGUCUGGAUCUGGCGGCAAAAGUGCUGAUUGGAGAUCCGACUAUUGACAAGACGCAGUCGCUGCUCUACAAGACCAAGAUUCGUCGCUUGUACGACAUUGCCAACAUCCUCAGCAGUCUCGGUCUCAUCCACAAGGUGACAGUUACAGAAGCCAGGGGGCGCAAGAGUGCCUUCAAGUACAUCGGUCCCGACAUUGGAUCACUCAGUUCCGUAGAUGAAGUUCUGGCCGCCCGCUCGCAGUCAAGGCACUCGCUGGUCGCAACUGGCGUCGCUGGCAGAGGCCCCGCAAGGCCACACGCAACAACAGAAUACGGUUCGCUCAAGUCUCAGGGGGGCCAAGGCUGCACUGCUCAGGUGUUCCAACUGCUUCAGGAAACUCAAGACAACUCGAACAAGGGCCGCUUCCAGCGAACAAGAAGCGACGACCUGUCCGAGCUGAGAAAGCAGCGGCGCGGUAUCAGGUCGAAUGUGGCAGCCUCCCGGGGUCUGGCUCGUCACGCGAGCUUCCACGACAUAUGCGAAGUCGCUGAGAUGGAGCGCCGGAAGCUGUACUCGGCCGCUGAAACCAGGGACGUAACGCAGCAGGCGCAACUCCCCGGUCUGCCAGAAACGGCGACAAAUCCGGGUCCAUCCACGACGACGGGCUGCCACGUGACCGGCGAAGGCACACCGGCCUUGGCAACACCACAACCAGUCGAAGAGUGCAAGGUGGAAGAACAGGCUGCUGCGAGCAAAGGCGCGGCGACAUCUAGCCCCGGCACGGAGUCUCAUGUGAUCACCCUGUCUGAGGAGCAGUACAACAGUCUGUUGCAGUCCCUGAACCUGCCCAUUGACUCCAAACCCAUCAUCAGCAUCCAGCAGGAAAAGACCUCUGCCAAAAAGCCUGCAGAGGCGCCAUGCAAGUGCUCCUCCGCCGGUAAGCAGCCGCCCGAACCGACGUUCCUCACGCCGACCUUCGGGUUUCCCAGCUGGAUCGUCGAACAGCGCCACGAGGCGGCACCGACGGGUGGCGAAUCCAGUCUGGCUUCGACGGCCUCGCCACGAGCAGCGGCCACUCCCGCAGCACGCAAGCUCACCUACGACGCCGAAGGCAAGAGCGGGCUCGUUGACGCCGCCGCCGACGGGCAGCUCAGCACGGUCACAGAGGCGGACGACUCGGCGCCGCCGACGCCAAGCUCAACGGCGCCCCUGACACCGAACUACUACGCCUGCUUUUAUCACCCGAGCGCCUCGACGCCGUCGCCAGAGGUGGUUCCGCUGGUGGCAGCGACCGCGUCCUGCGCGUCGUCUCCACAGCUGCCCAUCUUUUCUCCGUCCAACUGCGUGCUGGCGCUGCCGUCCAUGGUGCUAGGGGGGUCCAGGAACGGGGCAGUGCCGGCCUUCGCGCUGCCGGCGGGGACGCGGCUACUCACCGCAGGCGCCAUGGCGAGUGUCACCGCGGAGAGGAAGAACACUCCAGCCGCCCGCAAACUCACGCUCACAAAGUGAUCGCGAGCUUCGGACCGCUUUUGUCCCUGCCAUCGCAAUCGUUCCUCAUUUGGAAACGGUCAUGUGCGGAGUGACCGGGCAUGCAGCCGGCCCUCAAGGAGCGAGCGACGUCGGAGCAGUGCCAAUGCUGUGCCAGCUUGGAGCAGCACCAACUUGCCAGUUGGUGUUAUCUAGACUGAAAGGCCAUUUGCCUGUUUGCACAUUAGUGUUGGCACGUUUGGACAUUUGUUAGUGUUUGUUUUCUGGUAUCAUUCCUUUUUGGAACUCAUCUUGACUGGUCCUAGGUUAAUGUUUUGUUUAAGUUUCCCUUUUUUUUCUUUUUUUCACCUUUUCGUGCCUCUAAGAGCAAGUUUUGCCAUGUGUCCCCACCCACGCGGUACCGGUGGCGGAGUGGCGAACAGUGUCAUCAGUGGGGACGGCGAUGUCAACUGCAGUCUUCGUCUUCAACUGUUUGAACAAACGAUUGUGUCUCUGGGUCAUUGCUCACUCUUGUGGAGCUCGAUGUCGAAUCCUGGGCCCUACCCAGAGAUUUGUGUUUGCUUCUCGUUUUGCUCAUCGUCAGUGUUCCCAAGGAACACUGGUUCAAUAUGUUAUGCAGUCAAGUUCUUUUGUUUUUAUUGCCAGAUGCAAAAAAAAAGACACAUAAGCAGUUAAGGAAUGCGUUUUGUCUUCCACUGUCUUAGAUGUGCAUUCAUAGUUUUCGUGCAUCUAAUAAUUUGCGUCAAAGGCAUAGAUAGUAAACCGCCUAAUACGAUGCAACUUUUCAUUCGCACAUUGCCCUUUGCAAAUGGCAUUGAAGACACACUAUGCAUUACACACGCGUUAGAAAAAUUGCGUCGUGAGAAAAGACCAGAGUUUCUUGUGGCCUUGGUACAGUUUUCCGCCUGUGUGCCUGAAGUGGAAAAGUGUUCUUGACUAAUCUUACUUUGUUUUGCGCCAUUAAUUGCUCGUGCAAGUUGCUGCCAAUGUUUCUUCUGCUCGGACGACCGGUUGUAAUGAUUCGUCGUACGUCGCAGCUGGUGAAAACAGCAGCUGCGCAUGUAAUUGCAACUCGUCUCGUUUUUAGGGUCUGUUGAAUAUGCAUGUGGUGCAACUCUUAAGCUGUCUUCCUGGUGCUUGGUGUAGGUUUUCAGUCGUCGUUUGAUCUCAACAUCGAGUGUAGUCAUUGCUGUUGCUUAUUUAUUCAUCUUCCUGUAUAUACCGUGCUUACAUGACAAGCCUCACGUUGGGAACAGGUACGGGGCAAUAUGACGAGCAAAUCACGUCUUCCUGUGUCAUUUGUUUCCUUCUCAAGUAUUGCAAGGCAAUAAAAAAAACUCCAGUGCAAGGAAGGAACGUACAGGUGUUAUUUUUUUUUUUU